AUGGGGUCCAACGUCGAGCCCGCACCGAUCGAGAUCGCCAUCGUCGGCGGCGGUCCUGGCGGACUUGGCACGGCGAUCGCCCUGUCAAAACUGCCUUUUGUUCAUGUGACGCUCUAUGAACAGAAUUCAGAGCCUCGAGAAGCCGGGGCCGGGCUAAGUCUGAGCACAAAUGCUUGGAAAGUGCUCGAUAUCUUGGGAGCUGGACAGUUGGUCAAGGGCGGAUCCAAGAAAAACACUCACCAAAGAAAUGCUUUCACUGGCAACAUCCUACACGUCACGAGGUUUCCAGAGAACUCGGAUGCAGACAACCGUGGCUCAGUAAGAGCCCGUCGGGUCCGGCUCCAGUCAGCGCUGCUCUCACAAGUACCCGAAGGGCUCAUCCAAUUUAACAAAAAGUUAAUCUCCCUGGAAAAUCUGGGUAAUGGGAAAGUACGGCUGGAAUUUAAAGAUGGGACAGAAACAAAAGUCGACCUGUUAAUCACACGACGAACUCUUUUCCCUGACCACCCGCUCAAAUUCACCGGCGACACUCAAUGGCGUACCCUCGUCCCCAGAUCGUCGCUGGACCAUCUCCCGGACGUGACGCACGCAACCGGCUGGUGGUGGGGAGAGACGGGCCAUGUGUACUUCUCCGACGUGGAUGAUCUCUCAGAGACCUCCGACCCCUACUUCGAAAUCACCGUCCGGUCCUACCAUGAGCCUCAUGUUCCUGGUGAGACGGUUGUCUGGGGCGUACCUGCUACCAACGAGAAGGUGGCAUCACGAGUCGAGAAAUUCGACCAACGCAUCAGAGAUGCCGUUGCUGUCGUUCCCGAAGGCCAAUGGAGAGAGUUCGCCUCGUUCGCAGGCCCUCGUCUGGAAACACUCACGGCAUGGGACAAGGUGGUGCUGAUUGGGGAUGCCAGCCACCCGCUCUCAGGUGCCUUUGGGUCCGGUGCUACUUUCGCCAUGGAGGACGGCUGGAUUCUAGCUCAGGCACUCCAAUACACCAAGGGCUCGCCACAUCAGAUCCGCGACGCUCUAGAGAUCUUUGAGCAGAUCAGAGCGCCAUAUUACGAGAAGAUGUACGUCCAUCUCGACGAAGUCAAGGUGAAUCUACAACAAGCGCAGGCAAAAGUGUCAACAUUCGACGAGAAGCUCCAGCUAAAAAUUGACCAUUUCCUCCUCGGAGAUAAGGACUUCAUCUACAAGAAUGAUAUCGGCAAGGUCUGGGAGGACUACGUAUCAAAGAAGCAGGCUCAAAUCUCAGUUUAG